AUGCCUUCCUCGGGUGAAGCGAAGAUUGAGAAGCUCUCGAUCCUCGGCAUCCGGUCUUUCGACCACCGGCGCCCGAUGUCCAUCGAGUUCCAUUCACCACUUACGCUGAUUGUUGGCAUGAAUGGGUCCGGCAAAACCACCAUCAUCGAAUGUCUGAAGUAUGGCACAACUGGUAUCAUGCCUCCCGGAUCUGUCGGGUCGGCGUUUGUACAUGAUCCUCAGAUGGCCGGUGAGAAGGAAGUCAUGGCGCAGGUCAAGAUCCAGUUCACAGCGGCCGACGGGGCGAAGAUGGUCUGCACGAGGAACAUGCAACUUACCGUCAGCAAGGCCAAAAGCACAUUCAAGACGCUUGAUGCAACCAUUCUCGUGAAGAAGGGCGGUGAGCGCAACGUCAUCAGCUCUCGCGUUUUCGAGAUCGAUACCAUGAUGCCUCGCUUUCUUGGUGUCUCAAAAGCUGUUUUGGACAGCGUCCUCUUCUGUCACCAGGAAGAGUCGCUCUGGCCGUUAUCACAACCGAAAAUCUUGAAGGAGCGCUUCGAUUUGAUCUUCGAGGCACUGAAGUACACCCAGGCCAUUGAAAACAUCAAAGUUAUGCAGAAGAACAAGAAGAUCGAGCUAAUCAAGUUGAAAUCCAACGAGGAUGUCGCAAAAGUCAACAACACCAAGGCUAAGAAGUGCAGAGAGGAAAUGGUGGCACUGAACGCUGAGAUUGAUGAGCUGAAGACACAGACGGCCGAGUAUGCACGCCAAGAAAAGGAAGCCAAAGCAAACUACGAAGAAAUUUGCCAGCUGAUUGGCCAGAACGAGCUGAUCGUUGGUCAAUUGCGAGGCAAGCGUAUUGAGCAACAGACCAAGGAGGAGAGCGUGCAAAGCCUCCGCGAGAACAUUCAAGAGAUGACCGAGAGUGACGAGGAACUCAACAUCAUGCUUCAGCAGUACGAGAGUCGUGUCCAAACAUACGAGACAGAGCUUGACGCGAAGAAGAGCCGCUACCACGAGAUUGCUGAGGAUGUGCAGAACACGCGCAACCGACGCAUUGCCCGUGAGCGCGAAUGCGGCUCUUACGAGGCGCAGAAGGAGAAUUACGAUCGCCAGGUGGAGAGCCAGAGGCGGCYCGUGAAGGAGACUGCUCGUAGCUUUGACAUUCGCGGUUUCGACCUGGACAUCGACGAAACACACGCUAAAGCCUUCAUGGAGCGCAUCAGCAAAAUGCAGCGGGACCACCAGGCCGAGUUUGAGCGAGCGCGCACUGAAGCSCAGGAUAAGCUUGCAGUGCAACAGAAAGAGCUGAACAGAAUCAAUGAGCGCAGGUCCGCGUUAAGUCAAGCUAAAACGACAUCUCGCUCAACCAUCUCGAACUACGACCGCAAGAUCGACGGCAUUCGGGCCCAGCGGAAGGAGAUCAACAUCGAUGAGGGAAGCAGAGCCACACUGCAGUCACAGCUUCAGGAGAAGCAGUCCCAGUUAAGCAGUGCCAGAUUGGACCUUCAAAAGGCAGCAUGGGAUUCCAAAAUCGACACUGACAACAAUGAGAUGCGGCGAUUGGAAGACCUCAGGGAGAAGCUCGAUGCAGAAUCCGCAGAUGCCAGCCGUCGUGGGAACGAGACCGCCCAGCUGGACCUGCUGCAGAAGGAGGUCAACGAUCUUCAACGUAGCCUUGACACUAUGACCUCGUCGCAUGGCGAAAAGCUUGCUAGGCUGUUGGGUGGCAAUUGGUCUCCCGCUACGGUUGAGCGCGAUUUCUCACGCGCACUUUCGGUCAGGGAAGAUGAGCUGGAUGAGGCCAAGAAGCAGAGAGAUGGGGUGAACAACGAACUACAACUGGUCAAUUCCAGACUUACAGAGCGGCAGGCGGAGGUUUCAAAGGCCAAGAAGGGUAUAUUGGCUGCAGUAGAUGCCAUCAAGGUUGCUACCGGGUCCGGACCAGAUUGCUAUCUCGAAAAGAUCGAUGAGCUCGAGCGUGAGCGUGACGAGGCUGUCUCGGGCGCCCAGAGCUUCAGUCAGAUAAUGGAGUUUCUUGAUAGCUGCAUUGCAGAGGCCAAGAGGAACAACGCUUGCAAGACUUGUCUUCGUGCAUUCAAAGACGCAGAGGCUCUAAAUAAAAUGGUGAAGCAUGUAGAGAACAUGAAGCGGAUCCGACAGUCCCCAGAGGACAUCAAAGAGUUGGAGGAGGCGCUUCAAGAGAGUGAGUCCAAAAUUAAGGCUUACAAGCAAGUGGGCGCCGAGUUUGAGGAAUGGGAGCGACUGAACAAGGAACUACCGGCCAAGAAGGCAGCUGUCACGAAGCUUGAGCAUGAACGAAACGAGCUGGUCACCCGACUGGAAUCGAAGGACACCUUUGUCACCGAGCGCAGCUCCAUGAGGCGCGAGGUGGUGGACGUUCAGCGCACCACUCAGAACAUCAACUCAUACGUCACAGAUCUCGCCAAGAAGCAAGCUCAAAUCCGGGAGUUAUCGGCAAGACAGAAGGAGAUCGGCUCAUCCCGUGGUGUUGAAGCGAUCCAGACAGACAUCAAGAAAAACAGCGAGGAACAAAAGUCGGUUCGCGCCCGCAUUGCGGAGGCCUCCAAGCAGCAGAACCGAGCCUCGAGCAAGAUCAGCUCUCUUCAACUAGAGAUCAGCAACACGCAGGGCAAGCUCAGUACCGCUGAUUUCGAAUUGAAGGAGAAGAAAUCCCUGGAUUCUCAGGAGGAGGAGUACAAGAGGCUUAGCUCCGACGAGCGGGAGAACAUUGGAAGGUACGAGAAAGAGCUGCAAGGUCUUUCAACCGAGCUGGCGACGGCGCAGACCAAAUAUGACGAUGUGUCGCGCAGUGCCGCCGAGAGAGACCGCGAGCUGCACGACAAAUCGAGCAAGCUUGACAAGAGUGUGAACAAGUUGCGCAUGGCGGAUCAGGAUAUUCAGUCUUAUCACAAGCGGGACGGCGAUGGACAGCUUCGCCGCGGUAGAAAAGACGUCGAAAGCAUGAAAGCCGAUGAGGUCCGCUUGGAGGCUGAGCAGAACGGCAUCGGCCGCGAUGUCAAAAAGGUAGAAGAUCAGCUCCGUAGCCAUUCCGAGAUGAGGCGCAGCAUCACUGAUAACCAGCGAUAUCGUCGAGACCGUCGCCAGCUUAAGAAAGUGCGCGAGGAGAUCGAAGAGCUGGAGCGCGCGAAUGCGGAAGACGAAAAAAUCAGCAACGAGAGGAAGGCCAACAACUGGUCAAUGRGGCGCAACGAAAUUGCUGCCAAACACGCCGGUCUCGUGGGCCAGAUCAAGUCCAAGGAUGAUCAGGUCGUCAAAGGCAUUGAGACCUACGACACCGAGUACAAGAAUGCUGCGCGUGAGUACACCUCUGCACACGUCAUGGUUGAGACUACCAAGGCCGCUAUUGAGGACCUUGCACGUUACGGAGGCGCGCUCGACAAAGCCAUCAUGAAAUAUCACCAAAUGAAGAUGGAGCAAAUCAACACCACGGUUGAAGAACUCUGGCGGGGGACCUACCAGGGUACGGACAUCGACAGCAUCAAGAUUCGCAGUGAGCACGAGACAGUCAAGGCAAAUAAGUCCUACAACUACCGCGUUGUGAUGAUGAAGGAGGAUGUGGAGCUGGACAUGCGUGGACGCUGCUCCGCCGGGCAGAAGGUCCUGGCAUCCAUCAUCAUUCGCAUGGCGCUAGCUGACUGCUUCGGCCACCACUGCGGCAUCAUUGCGCUGGACGAGCCCACCACGAAUCUCGACAGUGAGAACAUUCGUGCCCUGGCGACCAGCUUGGCGGAGAUCAUCAAGACUCGGCGCACUCAGAAGAAUUUCCAACUGGUUGUCAUCACUCAUGACGAGGAGUUCCUCCAGUACAUGAACAGCUCUGACUUCACCGACGACUACUUCCGUGUGUAUAGAGACGACUCACAGCUGUCAGUCAUUGAAAAGCAGAGCAUUACAGAGGUGGUCUGA